AGUCCUCAAUCACAGCAUCUGGCUAAUCGUUCGGAAAGCUCUCUUGGUCUUCCUUCUAGGAACGUCGGGCUAUCUUUACCGUUCGUUGCCUAUAAGCCAUCCAGCAUCGGCUAUUUUGUGCGUCUCGUUAUCGACGAAGCCUCCUAAUCUCUUAAUACGCCAAGGCUACCUCGCGUUGCUGAUUCACCAGCACUCCUUUUGCUUCGUCUACUGCACAUAUCUUUUUGUACAAUUCUUCAUCUACAACCACGAGUAUGGACGCUGGCGGUCUUGCUCAGAUGACCUAUAACUCGUCUUUCAAUAAUGGCGCUUCCCUCGGGGCUCCUGGAGCCAGCUUCGGGUCUCGACGGAAGGGUUCGCACAUCAAGCGCCUGAGCGUGCCCCCGCCGCACAUCGCUUCGAUUGAUGAAUCUCAGCCUUCUGCGCCCGUUCCGACCCCCCGCACCAGCCGUUCUCAUCUCUUGGCAGGACUGAGAACCGCACCUAAAUCCGCGACUGUACCGUCGGCAGUUCAACGCCAGCAGCACCUCGGAUACGAAGGAGACCGUUAUGGCAACCUUUUGCACCAGGCUACGGAGCGUGUCCCUCAAACUGCCAUGGGAACCGGUUUCCCACGCCACUCGCUAGCCACGAACCAGAAUAUUGACAUGAACACGGGUCGUCCUAUGUAUACUUUGCCGGAGCAGGUGCUCGCACCUCCGGCUAUUGACAUCGCUGGCGAUAUGCCAAUGGACGAUAAUCUUUAUGCGGAACUUAUGUCGACCAAUCUGUUUCUUGCGGCCCAGCAACAGCGCCUGCAGCAGCAAUUGAUCAGCGUCACUGCAGCAGCCCAGCAGUUCCAGGGUAUGAGCUUGGGGGGGCCUAUGGUUCAACAGCAACAGGAAUAUCCCGCGCUUUCCGUUCCCAGCAUGGGCUUUUACCAGCAGCAGCUCCAGCAGGGUGUGCAACCAGUUGUGCAGCCGGUCCCGGGUCAGCCGGGUCUCUUCUCGGUCUACAAUCCUUUGACCGGCCAGCAGAACUUCAUCUAUGAUAACACCGUCCAGCAGGAAAGCACCACUAGUCCCUACCAUGAGGAGGAACAUUCAUACCCAUCCGUUCCAGUGCCCACUUUCAGAGCUGAGGUCUCUCCCCCCGAAUCCCACCAGUCCCCGGUCAGCAUCGGCGAGCCCGUGUCUCCUCCGCGCUCUAGUCCCUCGCCGCCCCAGGAUGUCGCUCCUCUGCCCCCACCUUCCAUCAACGCGUUCCGUCGAGGCCACAAGAAGAGCUCAUCUUUCAGUCCUGCACUGAAGCUGCCAAUUGAUACUGUCAAGGCUAAUAGCCAGAUGGUGCCGCCUGCCCCCAAGACCGCUGCGCUCCCCCAAACCCCGGCGACCGGAACCUUCGGUCCCGGCCAAGCUCGCGCGGGCGAACAUCCCACUCGCCAACCCCGCGGCCCUCCUUCCCUGGAAGAGCUGGUCGCUAAACCCACCUCCAAGUUUGAGGGCAGCAAGAACUUUGCUACGCGCCAGCGACGCCGCGCCGUCCACAACCUGGUGCGUGCCGGCAUCGAGCGUCGCGGUGACACCCGGAGUUUCGGUUGCCAUAGCAGCGGUGGUACCAACACUCCCGCGAGCGAAAAGGAAUUCACAUUUUCUGACGGAGACGACGCCACUGUGCGUAGUGGUGGUAGUCUUUCUAGCAAGCCUAGCCUUGGUAGCCUCCGUGCCGCCGCCAAUGGCGCCAUCGGUUCCGAGAGGAAAGAGAGGUCUUCUCGCGAGCGUAGAUCGCAGGAUAGCCCCUUCAACACGACUCCUAUCAGUGAGGAAGGUGGUUUCUUCGGAGGAAAGUUCGCGGAUGUUCGAGCGGAUCAGGGCUCUCCUCGAACCGGAUCCCCCUCGGUUGCUGCUGUCGUCGCUGGCCAGAAGACGGUAGCUCAGGGUCAGGAGCGGCGCAAGACCCCCAUGCUUGUGCUGUCCAGCGCUGAGAAGCGUAAGACCCCCACCAUCAUGUAAUGUGAACGCCGUACAUAAUGUGACUUGCGAUGCGCCACGGGAUGUGCCAAGCUUGGAUGAUUUUCUUUUAUCGCUUACCUCUGGGGUGUUGGUUUUUGAAGCAUGUUGAUUCUAUUAUCUUUCCUGGUUCUGAAGACGAGACGCUUAAUUUCUGAUGUCAAAUCAUGGGGCAGAUCUUGGUCCCGAGCGAUCAUCUGUCUCAUGUUUUCUUUCUCUGAUGUGCUUGGACACACGAUCGGGCUCUACGAGAUGGGGUUGGGUUUAGUCGAUUUGACUGGCUCAACGACCACCUCGCAAUCCCUCCCCAUAUGAAAUGUGACUUAUGUUAUUCUUCUCUUUCUAUCAUUCCUUUCUCCACUUACAACCUGAACAAAUUGAUA